GCGCGUCAGUAUGCCCAAAACGGUGUUCCGAGUGUGUUUGUAUGUGUGAGCGUGUGUGUGUGCGUGCGCGCCGCCCGUAGGUAUAUCGUACCAUAUGAUCGCAGGGAAUGAAAAAAUCGUCUCGUCAUUCGUCGUUCGUUUAGUGUCGAGUGUUGUUGACCGGAUCACCGUCGUGAUACGCAGAUAAUACGGCUCAUCGGACCGCUGCGCGCGCGUGCAAAUUUUCGUCGACCAACGUGUUUCGUUUGUUUCGAUCGCGUUUGAUAUUUUGAUAAUCGUCAUUGCCCGUAUGCGAUACAUUUCUUUUUACACCCGUUUCGCCGGUUUUUUUUUUCGUCAUAAAGUUCGUCGGACAGCCUACUGUCCCCUCGCCCGUAUUCCGAUCACCGUCGUCGUCAUCUAACUCCAUACGGUUUUUAUAUACCAACCGCCCUCCGGUGUAUAAACCGUACGUAUUAAACAGUGUACGGUGUAUUGGAUGCGCCAACGAUGAAUUCGUUUCUCACGCACAACACACUGCCGUACCAUCAACCGACGCAGAUGCACCAGAUGAUGAUGGCGGAGCCCAAGUACUCGCCGCCGGACGACUACGGCAACAUGCAGAACUACAUGGGUUCCCCCGACUUCUUCGGCAGCCCUCACCAUCAGCAUCACCAUCACCAACAUCAGCACCAUCACCCCUCUCAUCAUGCCAAUCACCUGAGCCAACACACUCAACACAUCGGCGGUGGUGGCGGUGGCGGCGGCGGCGGCGGCGGUGGUGGAGGCGGUGGAACUAGUGGCGGCGGUGGCCACCAACAAGUGCAGGCGAGCGGUGGCGUCGGUGUCGGUAGCUCGAACGUGCUCGGAGCAAGCGGCGGCAGUGGCAGCGGUGGCCACUAUCAGGGACACUAUCAGCAACAGAUCCAGGCCAUGUACCCCAGCCCGGGCCAGACUCCGUCGUACUACACCAGCGCGGCUUCCAAUUACGGCGCGUACCAGAUGCACCACGGUGGCCAAAUGCCGCUCGAGGCGCAACAACCGCCGGCCGCUCUGAUGCACAACGCCGCGGCGCAGCAGUGCCAGGGCGGCAGCAUAAUACCGUCCGGGGCCGGCGGCGGCCUGCAGGCGGUGGCCAUCAACGCGGUAAUGUCGCACGACAUCAAGGACGACUCGUCGCCGUCGCCGCUGCCUUGCCACCUGCAGCCAAGCCCGUCGUCGUCCAACCACAUGUCCAACAACCCACUGGACGGGUCGUGCUCCGACGACAUGGACGACUGCAACACGGACACGGACGAGAUGAUGAUGACCACGGUCAACGGGUCGCCGAUCAUGAUGGACGACAGCGAGUCGUCGGACCGGGUCAUCUAUCCGUGGAUGAAGAAGAACCACGUGGCCGGAAUGCGAUAUUUAUGUGAAUCCCGAACCAUUACUCAGAAAUCGGUCACUUCGUCAGCAAAAUAUCAUAACACUCCGAACGGCGCGUACCAGCCGGUGGACGUGAAGAGACAAAGGACCGCGUACACCAGGUAUCAGGUGCUGGAGCUGGAGAAGGAGUUUCAUUUCAACAAAUACCUGACCCGUAGGCGGAGGAUCGAGAUCGCUCAUUCGUUGGUGUUGUCCGAGCGGCAGAUCAAGAUAUGGUUCCAGAACCGGCGAAUGAAGUACAAAAAGGACAACCAUCUGCCCAACACAAAAAACGUGCGCCGGAAAAACGGAAGCACGCAACCGGCGGGCAAAAAGUCCCGGGCCAAAAACAACAACAACAAUAACAACAAUAGCAACAACAACAACAACAACAACCAUCAGCAGCCGCUGUGCUCGCCGCCCGGGUUGAAAAUCGAUUCACACGACAUGUCGCCGCAACAACAACCCGAGUUGAGGUUACAACAGCAGAGUGAUACCGGGUCGACGUCGCUGAUGGCCGCCAUAAUACCGUCGUCGUCGACGUCUUCGUCUUCGUCGUCAUCUGCCGCCGCUUCGGUCGCCGGACACAACAAUCCGGCCGCCGCUAUGCAGCAACAACUUCAUCAACAACAACAACAACAACAACAACUCCAGCAGCAGCAACAGCAACAGUUACAACACUGUCUGAACCACCGGCCAACGCACCUGUCUCAGCACCUACAGCAACAGCAACAGGGUUUGGCCAUCGGAGUCGGCGCCGGUGAGUACGGCCUCACUCAGCUAUAACGGCACGUUUGCAGAUCGUGAGCCCGUUUUCCAAGGUAUAAGUUACUUGACAUAAAAUGAAAAUGUAAGAAAAAACCGUAAAAUCCAAAAAAAAAAAAAAAUACGAAGUGGUCACCGCGUUAUGAUCGAUAUAGAUACUAUAUUUUGACCUAUCAUUUAUAUACAUAUAAUAUAUACUGCAGACAUUUUCACUUCUUCAGACAUUUUAUACAUAUAAUAUGAGAUUCUUCUAUACGGGCUGUUUUCCCCGCAGUCCGAUUGGUUAUGCCAUACGCAUCACCCCAUAGGAUCCAAGUCCCUGAUUAUUGUUCGAUUUUUCCAUACUAUAAUAUAUCGUCUGCAAUUAUUAUCGAGAACGUGACGAUUAAUAUGUUAUUAUGUCUGCAGACUUUCGACAAACGCAUUUUAUUGCGUAUGAUUCGAGCCUGUGGGUACACAGAUUUACUAAAAAAAUAGAUAUUUUGAUUAUGAGAAGAAUAAUAUUCCUAUAGUGUAUAGUAAUGUGUACUCGUGUCUGAUAAGUGCUUAUUGAAAUCUUCUGGCGAAAUCAUUUUCGACGCACGGUAGAUAUAAAUUGGUUAAAAUGUUUAUAUUUAUGGAAAAAAAUGUUAUUUAAUAUUAGUGUCACUUAUAUUUAGAUCUUUUUUUGUCCAAUCGUUUUGUUUUCGUUACGGUAAAAAGAUUCUAUAUAUAAUAUAUAUAUAUAUAUACAUGAAUAAAUUAUAUAAUUUAUAAUAUAGACAACAUUAUUUGUAUACAAUUCAUAUAUAUAUAUGAGAAAUAUAAAAUAUGUGAAGAAUAAAAUUAUAUACAGCUCAUUUGUAAAAUUUAAAAAUAUUGUAUACUAUAUAAAGAACGUAUUAUAAUUAUUAUCAUUAUUAUUAUUAUUAUUUUUUUUUUUUGUAAUCUUAAUAUGUAUAUAAAAUAUAAAUCACGAAAACACAAG